AGCUUGGGGUAUUCCGCUUGGGUUCAAAAAAUUUAAUACAUACAAGCUCCCCUACUCUCCCGACCGCAAUUCCCCUUUGCUCUACUUACUCCUCCUCCCUACUCUCUCCCACAAACCUCUCUCUUUCGUUCCCAGGUUCCAUUUGGUGUUGUUGUUGCUUUCCUCCCAGCACGGCAAUAGACUUUUGGUUGUACUGGUGCUGAGAGCCUUCUUCUCGACAUUUUACUAAUACUCGCUCUCGCAUCUUCCCACGGGCAGACGGCUUUCGACACACACACGCACAUCGCCAAUUCCAAGCUCUGCCGUCAUCGCGGUAGCUCAGAUCUACACACCACACUAGAGGCCGCGCUCCAGCUUCCUGACCCGUAGAAAAUUGCCCGACUCUCCUCGCCCCGACUUCCCCCCUCUCUCGCCACAACCCGACCAUUUCCCUGCAUUGCAUGGGAAUUCCGACAGACACAAUGGCCGGAGUUGCACAGAAUGGAGUCAAUGGGUCUGCUAAUGGCGCCCCGAGCUCCUACGCGGCCAGGUACAAUCUUGCUCCGCAUUUCAUCGGCGGAAACCAUCUCGCCGCUGCCGCGCCAGGCAAGGUGAAGGACUUCGUGGCAGCGCACGAUGGACACACGGUCAUUACAAAUGUGCUUAUAGCGAACAACGGUAUCGCAGCAGUCAAGGAGAUCCGCUCGGUGCGGAAGUGGGCCUACGAGACGUUUGGCGAUGAGCGCGCCAUUCAGUUCACCGUCAUGGCUACGCCCGAGGACCUGCAGGCUAAUGCCGAGUACAUCCGCAUGGCGGACCAGUAUGUGGAGGUACCCGGAGGAACGAACAACAACAACUACGCCAACGUCGAGCUUAUUGUCGAUGUUGCGGAGCGUAUGAACGUCCACGCCGUGUGGGCUGGAUGGGGCCACGCCUCUGAAAACCCAAAACUCCCCGAAUCGCUCGCUGCCUCGCCCAAGAAGAUCGUCUUCAUUGGUCCCCCGGGAUCUGCCAUGCGCUCGCUUGGUGACAAAAUCUCCUCCACAAUCGUCGCACAACACGCAAAGGUGCCUUGUAUUCCGUGGUCGGGCACUGGCGUCGACCAGGUGAUUGUCGACGAACAUGGCAUUGUCACAGUCGAGGACCAGGUCUACGAAAAGGGCUGCACCAAGACGUGGGAAGAGGGCCUAAAGGCCGCUGAAGAGAUUGGCUUCCCCGUCAUGGUCAAGGCUUCAGAAGGUGGUGGUGGCAAGGGUAUCCGAAAGGUCGACCGCAAGGAGGACUUUGAGCAGCUAUACAAGGCGGCUGCGUCAGAAAUCCCUGGAUCGCCAAUCUUCAUCAUGAAGCUGGCGGGCAGCGCGCGGCAUUUGGAGGUCCAGCUGCUGGCCGACGAAUAUGGCAACAACAUCUCCCUAUUCGGGCGUGACUGCUCGGUGCAGCGACGCCAUCAGAAGAUCAUCGAGGAGGCACCGGUAACAGUUGCUGGCUCGAAGACCUUCCAAGAGAUGGAGAGGGCGGCCGUCUCGCUCGGAAGACUUGUUGGAUACGUCUCAGCGGGUACCGUCGAGUAUCUAUACUCCCACGCUGACGACAAGUUCUACUUCCUCGAGCUGAACCCCCGUCUGCAGGUCGAGCAUCCCACCACUGAAAUGGUGUCGGGCGUGAACCUCCCAGCCGCCCAGCUCCAGAUUGCCAUGGGUCUCCCAUUGCACCGUGUCAAGGACAUUCGAUUGCUAUAUGGCGCAGAUCCGCACACCAGCUCCACAAUCGACUUCGAGUUCUCCACCGAGGGUAGUGUUCAAAACCAGCGACGACCGACCCCCAAGGGCCACUGCACGGCCUGCCGUAUCACCUCUGAAGAUCCCGACGAGGGCUUCAAGCCAUCUGGUGGUACUAUCCACGAUCUGAACUUCAGGAGUAGUUCCAAUGUCUGGGGUUACUUCUCCGUUAGCUCCGCUGGUGGUAUUCACAGCUUUUCCGACUCGCAGUUCGGUCACAUUUUCGCUUACGGCGAGAAUCGACAAGCGUCGCGGAAACACAUGGUGGUUGCGCUCAAGGAACUGAGUAUUCGCGGUGACUUCCGAACCACUGUUGAAUACCUCAUUAAGCUACUCGAGACGCCUGCUUUCGAAGACAACACAAUCACAACGGGCUGGCUUGACGAGCUCAUCUCCAAAAAGCUGACUGCAGAGCGACCAGAUCCCUUGAUUGCGGUUGUUUGCGGUGCUGUCACCAAGGCUCACGUUGCAAGCGAAGCCUGCAUCAGCGAGUACAAGACUAGCUUGGAGAAGGGUCAAGUUCCUUCCAAGGACGUCCUCAAGACUGUCUUCCCCAUUGACUUCAUCUAUGAAGGCUACCGCUACAAAUUCACUGCAACGAGGUCAACGAUUGACAGCUUCACACUCUUCAUCAACGGGUCCAAGUGCGCCGUUGGCGUUAGGGCUCUUGCUGAUGGUGGCCUUUUGAUCCUACUGAGCGGAAAGUCGCACAAUGUUUACUGGAAGGAGGAGGUGGGUGCUACCCGUCUCUCCGUCGACGGCAAGACAUGCCUCCUGGAGCAGGAGAACGACCCAACUCAGCUCCGAACACCAUCUCCCGGCAAGCUCGUCAGAUUCUUAGUUGAGAAUGGCGAUCAUGUUGGCAAAGGCCAGCCUUUUGCCGAGGUGGAGGUUAUGAAGAUGUACAUGCCCUUGAUCGCACAGGAGGCCGGUAUGGUCAACCUGAUCAAGCAACCAGGAGCCACUCUCGAGGCUGGCGACAUCCUCGGUGUCUUGGCUCUUGACGACCCGUCCAAGGUUAAAUCGGCUCAGAAUUAUCUUGGCCUCCUCCCUGACCUCGGUGCUCCGCAAAUCAUGGGUGGCAAACCCCCCCAGAGAUUUGUCCAUCUCUCUAGCAUCCUCCAGAAUAUCCUCCAAGGGUUCGACAAUCAGGUCAUCAUGCAGAGCACUCUCAAGGAACUAGUCGACGUUCUUCGAGACUCUGAACUGCCCUACGGCGAGUGGAAUGCUCAGGCCUCUGCUCUCCACGCGCGUAUGCCACAGAAGCUGGAUACCACCUUCUCCCAAAUUGUCGACAAGGCUCACAGCCGCAGCCUUGACUUCCCCAGUAAGGCACUCGCCAAGGCUUUCCAAAAGUUCCUUGACGAGAACGUCGCCAAGGGUGAUGCUGAGCUGCUCAAGUCUGCGUUGCAACCUCUGGUUGACGUCAUUGCCCGUUACUCUGAAGGUCUGAAGGCCCACGAGUAUAACGUCAUGAUCAAGUUCUUGGAUAUGUACUGGACUGUUGAACACCUCUUCUCGUCUCGCACUUCGCGCGAUGAGGAGGUUAUUCUCAAACUUCGUGAUGAGAAUCGCGACAACAUUACCAGCGUUGUACACACUGUCCUUUCGCACACCAGAGUCAGUGCGAAGAACAACCUCGUGAUCGCCAUUCUAGAUCUCUACCGACCUAACAAGCCCGGCGUUGGAAACAUCGCGAAAUACUUCAAGGGCACCCUCAAGAAGCUCACUGAGCUGGAGUCGAGGCAGACUGCCAAGGUAUCUCUCAAGGCUCGUGAGGUCCUUAUUCAGUGUGCUAUGCCAUCUCUCGAGGAGCGCACGGCCCAGAUGGAGCACAUUUUGCGUUCCGCUGUUGUGGAGUCGCGCUACGGCGAGAGCGGAUGGGACCACCGUGAGCCCAACUUUGAAGUAAUCAAGGAAGUCGUUGACUCAAGAUACACCGUCUUUGACGUCCUGACCCAGUUCUUCGUACACCAGGACCCGUGGGUUGCUCUUGCUGCCCUGGAGGUGUACACUCGUCGAGCUUAUCGUGCGUACCAGCUCCAGAACAUUGAUUAUCAUAACGAGGGUGAUCAGCAAUGUCUGCUUUCCUGGGACUUCAUCCUGCGCAAGGUUGGCGAGGCAGAGUACGGCCUUGCCGUGGAGCCCUCAGAGCCGGGUACGCCCAGCACUCCCGGGUUUGAGCGACCUCCUCGUAUUCAGUCACUCAGUGACAUGACCGCCUGGCAGAAUCGUUUCGACGGUGAACCCUCUAGAAAAGGUGUCGUCGUUCCGGUCGAGUAUCUCGAUGACGCAGACGAGCUGAUUGGCAAGGCCCUGGAUUUAUUCCCUGCCAUCGGCGCCUCCAAGAAGAGCGGUAUUAGCCUCAAGGAAGGCCUUACCAUGAAGCGUACUCCGACCUCCGGUACCAGCGAGUUCAAGCACUCGGAUGAGCUCACCGGUGUACUGAACGUUGCUGUCCGUGACAUUGAGAGCGUUGAUGAUGCGGAGAUUUUGGAGCGCAUCUUGCCCAUCAUCCAAGAGUACAAGGACGAGCUUCUCGUUCGUCGCAUUCGUCGCAUCUCUUUCAUCUGCGGCCACAAGGACGGCACCUAUCCCGGUUACUACACUUUCCGCGGGCCCAGCUACGAGGAGGAUGCCAGCAUUCGUCACGUUGAACCCGCUCUUGCCUUCCAGCUUGAACUUGGUCGUCUUUCCAAGUUUGACAUCAAGCCUGUCUUCACGGAGAAUCGCAACAUCCACAUUUACGAGGCUGUUGGUAAGGGCGCUGAGAGCGACAAGCGUUACUUCUUGAGGGCUGUAGUCCGGUCUGGUCGUCUUCGUGAGGAGAUCCCUACCGCGGAAUACAUGGUGUCUGAGACCGAUCGUUUGAUGACCGACAUUCUCGAUGCUCUUGAGAUUGUUGGCACUUCGCAGGCUGACAUGAACCACAUUUUCAUCAACUUCUCUCACGUCUUCCCACUUGACCCAGCCGAAGUCGAGGAGGCCAUUGGUGGCUUCUUGGAACGUUUUGGUCGACGACUUUGGCGUCUACGUGUUACAGGCGCUGAGAUCCGCAUCAUUGUCACCGAUCCUCAGACUGGCAUUCCUUACCCGCUCCGUGUCAUCAUCACUAACACUUCCGGAUAUGUUAUCCAAGUCGAAAUGUACGCCGAGCGCAAGUCUGAGAAGGCUGGCAAGUGGCUGUUCCAUAGCAUUGGUGGAACCACCAAGAUCGGCGCGCUUCACCUCCAACCCGUCUCAACACCCUACCCGACCAAGGGUGCUCUCCAGCCGAAGAGGUAUAAGGCUCAUCUUAUGGGUACCCAGUACGUCUACGACUUCCCCGAGCUCUUCCGGCAAGCCACCGAGAACAGCUGGGUUACGGCUAUUGCGAAACACUCCUUCCUCCGCGAUAGACAACCAGACAAGGGAGAUUGCCUCGAGUCCUAUGAGCUGGUGCUCGAUGACACCGACAACCUAGCUGAGGUCAACCGCGAUCCUGGACAUAACACCAUUGGUAUGGUUGGCUGGAUCGUCACUGCUCGCACACCUGAGUACCCUCGUGGCCGACGCUUCAUCAUCAUUGCGAACGACAUUACCUACAAGAUUGGUUCCUUUGGUCCACAAGAAGACAACUUCUUCCACAAGUGCUCUGAACUCGCACGUAAGCUAGGUAUCCCCCGGGUAUACCUCUCUGCCAACUCUGGUGCUCGUAUCGGUCUGGCUGAGGAGCUAAUCCCGCACUUCUCGGUCGCGUGGAAGAAUAUCAACAAACCUGAGGCUGGCUUUGACUACCUGUACCUUACGCCUGAGAAGUACGAGCACUUUGUCGAUGGAAAGCGCAACGAUGUCAUCUGCGAGAAGGUCGAGGCUGAUGGCGAGAAGCGCUACAAGAUCACAACCGUCAUCGGUGCUGAGGACGGUCUUGGUGUGGAGUCGCUACGUGGCUCUGGCCUGAUCGCUGGUGAGACAUCGCGGGCUUAUGAGGACAUUUUCACCAUUACCUUGGUCACCUGCCGUUCCGUUGGUAUCGGUGCCUACUUGGUCCGCCUUGGUCAGCGUGCUAUUCAGAUCGAAGGUCAGCCGAUCAUCCUCACAGGUGCCCAGGCCAUCAACAAGUUGCUUGGUCGCGAAGUUUACACCUCCAACCUUCAGCUUGGUGGCACCCAGAUCAUGUACAGGAACGGAGUCUCGCACAUGACUGCCGAAGAUGACUUCGAAGGUGUCUGCAAGAUCGUCAAGUGGAUGUCUUAUGUGCCUGAUAAGAAGAACAACCCAGUACCCAUCUCGCCGACCGCCGACUCAUGGGACCGCGAUGUGACCUACUACCCUCCUGGCAAGUCUGCAUACGAUGUCAGGAACCUCAUUAGUGGAUUGGAGGAUGAAGAUGGUUUCCAGUCUGGUCUAUUCGAUCGCGGAUCGUUCGAAGAAUCCCUCGGUGGUUGGGCCAAGACUGUCGUCGUUGGUCGCGCUCGUCUCGGUGGGAUCCCCGUGGGUGUCAUCGGCGUUGAGACUCGCUCGGUUGAGAAUGUCACACCUGCUGAUCCUGCCAAUCCCGACUCCAUCGAGCAGGUCACCUCAGAAGCAGGCGGUGUGUGGUACCCCAACUCUGCUUUCAAGACUGCCCAAGCCAUCAACGAUUUCAACCACGGUGAGCAACUGCCACUCAUGAUCCUUGCCAACUGGCGUGGUUUCUCUGGCGGUCAGCGCGACAUGUACAACGAAGUCCUCAAGUACGGCUCUUACAUUGUCGACGCUCUCGUCAAGUUCGAACAGCCUGUAUUCGUCUACAUUCCUCCAUAUGGCGAGCUCCGUGGUGGAUCUUGGGUCGUCGUUGAUCCCACUAUCAACCCUCAGUUCAUGGAGAUGUACGCCGAUGAGGACUCGCGCGGUGGUGUCUUAGAGCCUGAAGGUAUCGUUGGCAUCAAGUACCGCAAGGAACGUCAACUCGACACCAUGGCUCGCAAUGAUCCUACCUACGGUGCUCUCAAGCGCAAGCUGAACGACCCAGCGACACCGCAGAACCAGCUUCAGAGCAUCAAGGCCGAGAUGAACGAGCGCGAGAAGCUUCUGCUUCCCAUUUAUGGCCAGAUUGCUGUCCAGUUCGCUGACCUUCAUGACCGUGCUGGCCGCAUGAAGGCCAAGGACGUCAUCCGACAAGCACUCCGCUGGCAAAACGCUCGCCGCUUCUUCUACUGGCGCCUCCGCCGUCGUCUCAACGAAGAGUACAUCCUCAAGCGCUUCGCUGCUGCUGCCGCCCCCUCAUCUCGGGACACAGCCAAGGUCGAUCCCAUCACACGUGCCCGCGGUCUCGAGGACUUGAAGCAUGUGUCGAAGAUUCCGAACUGGGAGAACGACGACAAGAGCGCCGCAGAGUGGUACGAGGAAAACAGGACACUCAUUAGCGAGCGCGUCGAGAAGCUCAGGACUGAUGGCAUCGCACAAGAGAUUGCGUCGCUCAUGAGGAAGGACAAGGCAGGUGGCAUCAAGGGAGUGAUGAACAUGCUCAGUACCCUUGAGACAGCUGAUAAGGAGGAAGUGCUGAAGAUGUUGAGCCGGGCGUAGGUUCACGGAAAGAUUAGAACGAGCACAGGACUUUGAUCAGACACAAGUGUCUCAGUGGCCAAAUCUCCAACCUUACGAUGACGACAACGUACGGCGAAGGAAAGGAUGGGAAAUGGGGGGUUGUGUAAAAUAUGGGUAGAUGCGCGAUUGUUUGAUUCACUUCGAUGCCAAGGCAUUCGUUGGUGUUUAUGUGUAGUUCUUUUUAGCGUUGCUAUUGCACGGUCUUGUAAUCCACUUCAACACUGUAGUAGAAUAGUGUACAUGAGGAGAGUGGAGGUAUUGGGAGGUACCUUCAUUUUCUUCUCAGUGUAUCAAUCAAAUUCUGAAAGCUACCCGUCUCAUACCAAAGGAGCAGUACCUACAUGCCCCUUUCCAACGGUAUCGCCGAGCAGCAU